AUGCCAUUCAGUAGAUCUGAAAAAACUAAAGAAAAUGAGCAAAAGAAGCAAGAAAGGUUACUGAAUCUCAAAUCGCUAAAAGAUGGAAUGAUGAGAAAAUCGAAAAAUUAUUAUUAUACUUAG